UUAUGUGUGUGCAUGCAAUUUCCAAAUGUGUAAAGUACCUUUAUGUUUGUUUUUAUCCUUUUUGUCUUAUGUAAUGAUGUUAUUUGUUGGAUGUAAACAAGAGCAAGCAUCUCAAUUACCUUUUAGAAGAACUUUUUUCCAAAAUACUGCACCUUUAAUGAAGGCAAUUAAACAAAAGUUCCCUUUGAUUGAGGUGUUAAUCUCCAAUUUGUUUGUGAUUAUCUCAGAUUUAUCCUUCUUUUUGCCCUUUUUGGGGUUACAUAAUUUUGGUGGUUGGAAGUAAGAGUGAGGAUUGAAAUGAUGAUAGUUUGAAAAUGUAAGAAGGAAGCAUGCGUUGGUGUAAUCAUUUGAAUAACUGUUUAUUAUAAUUCUGCUUUGCCCUUUCCAUUUCUGUAUGAAACUUGUGGGAAAAAAUUGAUCUCCCUACAAAUUUUUCUUUCUAAUGAGAUUAAGGCGUCGCCAAUGCAUUCUUUCUUGUGCUUCCUACUACAAAAACUUAUGAAUUCAGGCUGAUGAAGAUGAAAGUAAUUGGCACAGAAAGAAGCUAGAUGAGGAGCCAGCAUGGUCAUGCAAUUCUCCUCACGUAAUUUCACAGUUUGCUCAAUGCUUUACUAAUGCUAUGGUUGGACCACGAGCAUGGAUAGGAGGAAUCUUCAACCGCUCGAGCAAUAAACGGUUCGGAAGCGAUAAAUAUCUUAACUACCCUUUAACUCCUCUUCAGGAACAAAGCUUACACAGGCUUCAAGAACGGCUAGGAGUACCUUUUGAUGAAACACGCCUAGAUCAUCAAGAAGCUCUUCAAGCUUUAUGGAAUGCAGCAUUUCCAAAUGUUAAGCUUAAAAGUUUGAUCUCCGAGCAAUGGAAAGAAAUGGGCUGGCAAGGAGCAAAUCCAUCAACUGACUUCAGGGGUUGUGGAUUUAUUUCGCUCGAGAAUUUGCUAUAUUUUGCAACAAGAUAUCCGGGUUGUUUUCAUAGGUUGCUUUGCAAGCAAAGUGGAUCGAGAGCAACGUGGGAGUACCCAUUUGCAGUUGCUGGGAUUAAUGUUACAUUCAUGUUGAUUCAGAUGCUGGACUUAUACUCAGAAAAGCCAAGGUGUCUUCCAGGAUUGAAUUUUGUUAAGUUAAUAGGAGAAGAUGAUGAGGCAUUUGAUGUUCUAUACUGUAUAGCAUUUGCGAUGAUGGAUGCGCAGUGGCUGGCUAUGCAUGCUUCAUAUAUGGAUUUUAACGACGUUUUGCAAGCGACGAGGACACAGUUAGAGAGGGAAUUAUCAUUAGAAGAUAUACAAAGAAUAGAAGAACUGCCAGCAUUUAACCUGAUAUAACACACACACUUCUUGUUCUCCCUCUAUAAUAGCUUGGAAGUUCUUCUGCAGAAAGAACUUUGAUGGUCAUAAUAUCUGCAGAUUGGCUACUGGUUUAGAAAAUUGCUGCUAUUAAAAAUAGGCAGAAUGUUAUGAAAGGAUUUAGAUAUAUCCAAUAGCCAGACCUGAAAUUUUUUUGUACAAAAGGGGGAGGUUCUGGCAACUCAAUGUUACGUAAUGGGUCCAAAAUUUUCUAGGAGUCUAUUACUCCUAUCUGAGAUUUAAAUGCUAAUAGUAGGAAAUAUAGAGAA